CAAAGACAGAGAGCGCAUGCGCACACCGGCCUGCGAGCUCCAUACGAUUCACCCAUUGUUAGACGGCAGAACGGACGGGCCUGAAACACGGAACAUUGUCUUCUCACCAUGACCUCCCGCACUGGCUCGCGAGCUGGAAACAUCAAUGGAAGUGACUACAAACCUCGGGAGAAGGCAACGCCUCAAUAUCAGAUGAGUGCUUCCUUAAAGUCGGAGAUGCGGAAGCUAAACCUGGUCCACCUCCUGGUCUGGCUCCUCGUGGCCGCCCAAGUGGUGGUCAGCCACUUCAAGUUGGUGUCCCAUGACACGGUGUGCGCGCCUUACCAGUGGGAGUACCCCUACCUUCUCAGCCUCCUGCCUCUGCUCUUCAGCAGCCUGUCCCUGCCAAAGAACAACGUCAGCUACCUGGUCCUGUCCAUGAUCAGCGGCGGGCUCUUCUCGGUGGCGCCGCUCAUCUACGGCGGCAUGGAGAUGUUCCCGGUGGCACAGCAGCUGUACCGCCACGGGAAAGCCUACCGCUUCAUCUUCGGCUUCUCUGCCGUGACCGUCAUGUACCUGCUGAUGGUGGUCGCCGUGCAAGUGCACGCCUGGCAGCUCUACUACAUGAAGAAGCUUUUGGACUCGUGGUUUAACGCCACUCAGGAGAAGAAAAAGAAGUGAUGACAUUCGUUCGUCCGCAACAUGACCAGAAAAAUGAAUGUUCUUUUCCUCACAUUUUUAAAUGAUGCUCAAUAUUUAAUAUAUUUAUUUGUGCUCUUGUUUAUGAUUUUUUUUCUGUUAAAUUAAAAGCAACUGCUCAUGUUUUGGUGCCACAAUAGUGUGACGUUAUUACACUGGAGUAAUGUUAUUAUACAGAUUCUAUAUUUAUUUAAUGUGGUCAUUAUUAUUAUGAAAGGAAGUGUGUUUGUAACACAUGGCAAUAAAGA